GGGUGUAGGCUGAGGCGGGAAGGAAAACCAAACUCCGCGCCAAGAUCCUGCCGCAUCUCUCUAGAAAUAAGCUAGCAGCUACUACUACCUAUCUAACUCUUCCAUUCAAGUGAAGAAGGCGAAGAUAACGACCGGACGAGAGAUUGAUCUGCGAUCCAGACUUCCUGUUCUCCCAUCGCUCCUCCGGGCUUGGUUCUCGCUCAUCUCACCUUUGACCCCUCAUCCCGAGGAGCGUCCUAUCUCGUCAAUCAAGAUCAAACUGUUGAUGCUGUUCAGUGGAAACCAUGCGACCGUGUGACUUCAGCCUUCUACCUCUCUUCUCUCUUUUCUUCUCUCUCUCCGCGGCAACCUCCUCACCUACCCAACCGCUGUCAGCCGAGAUUUUAUGCUGGCCCGUGUCUUCCCAAGAGCCUACCAUACUCGCCCGCGUCUCUUACGGGUCGUCCGCCCUGCAAUCGGAGCCGGUCUCCUAUUCAACCCUCCCGAUUACAACUUGCGGGGAUUAUGAGUCACAGGAUGCAUCUCAGGACUUGAUUCGCUUGGGCUUGUACACCACCACAUCCACAAAUACCAAGCAAUGGGUAGGCACACUCGCGUCGCGGUCUUCAUUUGCAGGAAACGGGGACCACGGACCAACCCUCCGGCUCCAUAUCGGUCCAUCCAACGAGAUCUACUAUGUUGACUUACUACCCUCAAUCUCGUCGGCAACUUCUUCAACUCCAGUAAGGCCUCAAUUAGAGCUACUCUCGAAUCAAGCCGGUUCACGCCCACAUCUCAAUCAACCUGUCAUACUUGGCCCAGAUGGUACGAAGGCGGAGGAAGUUGCUGAGAAAUCUCUCUUUCAAAAGUAAGUCCCUCCUGUCGUCUCUGACUCUCCGCUUAGUGACCCGGCUUACCCCUGUCGUCCGAGCUGUGUUAUCUGACGUU